CAGAUCAUCCCGGUUACGCACCGUGUUCAGAGGCCUCGUCGACGGCUUUUGCAGCGCCAGAAGACCCAGCUGAAGGAGAAGUCACCCCCGCCGGGCACACGGCCACAGCCACCGUCAGUGAUGGAGAGCCUGCUGGAUAAUCCAAUGAAAGCCGUUCUUUACCUGAAGGAGCUCACCACCAUCGUCCAGAACCAGCAGAGCCUGAUCCAGACGCAGCGCCAGCGCAUCGACGAGCUCGAGCGAAAGGUGGAGGACCUGAUUGGGGAGAACCGACAGCUGCGGGACCCCCACCAGUACGUCCAGCAGCCCGCUCCGCCGCCGCCGCACACCCACCACCACCACCCGCACCACCACCACCACCCGACUCACCGCAGCGCCAGUCCCCAGGCGCCGGCCCACCUCCAUCAGCACCCGGGGAGCAACAAAGCCGCGGCUCACCUCGGCCAGCAGGCGCAGCAGCAGCAGCAUCAGGCGCAGCAGCAGCAGCAGCAGCAGCAGCCUCCUCCACCUCAGCAGCAGCAUCAGCAUCAGCAGCAGCAGAUCCCCGGUCUAUCGGCCCAGCCUCAGCAGCAGCACCACCACCAGACCCCUCCUGCACCGUCCUCCCACCACCCGCAGCAGCUGCAGCUCGUCCCCACCUCGCCGCAGUCGCCCAAAGCGAGCCAAGCGAGCCCGGACUCCGCCGAGGAGGACAAGAGGAGCCCCUGCUGCAAGUCUCUGGUCCCGCAGACUCCCACCGCGCUGUGCCGCUCGGUGGGGCUGGCCAGGAAAGCGGACAACCAGACGGUGCUCCACCAGUUCUGCUGCCCGGCCCCGGAGGCCCCCGAGGGGGAGACCUCCACCGCCUGUGUCCCCAGCGAUGACCUUCCUCCAGACUCCUCGUCUUUGGGGGAGGAAGGGAAGGGAGGAGAGGGGGAGCUGCAGAGUGAGGUCGAGUCACAACCACAACCACAACCACAACCACAGCCCCAGCAACAGCAGCAAGAGGCUCAGCCACAGACUCAGCCGCCACAACCACAGUCGGAGCCCCGACCACAGACACCUGAAACCAAACCUCAGCCCGAGCCUGAUCCGAAACCCCAGUCUGCACCGGAGCCCGAGCCUCAGCCCGAGCCUCAGCCCGAGCCUCAGCCCGAGCCUCAACCUGAACCCAAACCCGAACACGUACUCGCGCCCGAGCCCGUGCCCGUGCCCAUGCCCGAGCCUCAGCCCCAAGUCGAGGCUCCGAUUGAGGAACCAGCAGCGGACGCCCCUAAACCCCCUUCGCCUUGCAGAGAGGAGCAGACAGUCGUGGAGCAAGAGAAGGAAAAGCUGGAAGAAGUCGUCGAGGCAAAGGGAAAGCAAGAGGGAGGAGGAGAGGAGGCGCAGCGGGCCGAGCGGCGUGAGGCCGAGGCAGCGCAGGAAGAAGAGGAGGAGGAGGAAGGGGGAGGAGCAAAAGGAGGUGGGGCGGGGAGGAGAGCCAGCCUGCACCACACGGCCUCGCCCUUGAGGGUGCGAAGCAACGGGGCCGGCUCGCACUCCACCACCUCCGACUAUGAGCUCUCGCUUGACCUCAAAAAUAAGCAGAUCGAAAUGCUAGAGCUCAAAUACGGUGGACACCUCAUCUCCCGCCGUGCCGCCUGCAAGAUCCAGACCGCCUUCCGCCAGUACCAGCUCAGCAAGAACUUCGAGAAGAUCCGCAACUCACUACUCGAGAGUCGUCUCCCUCGACGAAUCUCCCUGCGCAAGGUCCGUGUGCAAAACACGGAAGGUUUCUCCGCUGAACGGGCCCUGGCAGAAGGCUGCAACUUGGCAGGCAUCCCAUUGGUGCGCUCACCGUCUCUGCCUGCCACGGUUGGUAGCAGCCUGACCGACCUGGAAGACUCAUUCACUGAACAGGUCCAGUCGCUGGCAAAGUCCAUAGAUGAUGCACUCAGCAACUGGAGCCUGAAGACCAUGUGUUCGCUGCAAGAAGGUGGCGGCUAUCAGUUCAGCGCCGACUCCUUCAGUGCAGCAGCAGCAGCGGGAGUCGGAGGUGGUGUGGGAGAAGUAAGUGGUGUGGGAGAGUCAACGACUCCUCAAGGCCCGCUGGACCCAAGUGAUUUGUCGAGAAGCGCAAGCAAGUUAAUGAUGGCGUUCCGGGACGUGACAGUGCAGAUCGACAGCCAGAACUUCCGAGUUUCGUCGUCAGUCUUGGAAUCAUCCACCUCUGUCAAGAUCGGAAGCUGUGCCCAAGAAGGGGCCUACACCACUGUGGCGUCUACUUCCACAACCACAAACUCCACUCCAGCAUUUAUUCCCUCCAUCACCUCACAAGAUCCACCUCCUCCUCCCGCAGAGGUCCCAGCUGAACCUAUAGAUCCCCCACCGCCCCCUCAAGAACCCCCACCGCCCCCUGAAUCAGAUAUAGAAGGAGGCGAGCAGGAUGUUGAAUUCCCUGCUCCUCCCCCGAGUGAAGAAGAGCUAGGGGAGGAUGAUCAACCUCCCCUAACCCCUCUGGAUAAAAUGGCAGCCCCUCAAAGCCCAGAGGAGGUUGUGAUGGUGGUACCACCACCCACAGAACCCCCUUACGCGCCUCCAUCACAGGAGGCUGUAGUGAUGGGGAGCGCGUCCAUGGUGGAGCCGCUGGAGGUCAAGAGGUCAGGCUCGGAGACAGCGGACAACAGCUCAGAGCAGAUGAGCAGCAGCAGUACGUCGACAGAGGCACGUUCCACAUCUGAAGCCUCGUCCAAGGAAGCGCUGCAGGCCAUGAUCCUCAGCCUGCCACGCUACCACUGUGAGAACCCCGCCAGCUGUAAGUCACCCACGCUGUCCACUGACGUCAUGCGAAAACGCCUCUACCGCAUCGGCCUCAACCUCUUCAAUGUGAACCCGGACAAGGGCCUUCAGUUCCUGAUCUCUCGAGGCUUCAUCCCGGACACACCCAUCGGCGUGGCCCACUUCCUGCUACAGAGAAAGGGCCUGAGUCGACAGAUGAUAGGAGAGUUCCUGGGCAACAGCAAGAAGCCCUUCAACAGAGAUGUCUUAGAUUGUGUGGUGGACGAGAUGGACUUCUCGGGCAUGGAGCUGGACGAGGCGCUGAGGAAAUUUCAGGCCCACAUUCGUGUUCAGGGAGAAGCCCAGAAGGUGGAACGUCUUAUCGAGGCCUUCAGUCAGCGCUACUGCAUGUGUAACCCCGACGUGGUGCAGCAGUUCCACAACCCAGACACCAUCUUCAUCCUGGCCUUCGCCAUCAUUCUGCUCAACACCGACAUGUACAGUCCCAACAUCAAACCCGACCGCAAGAUGCUGCUGGAGGAUUUCAUACGCAAUCUACGAGGUGUGGAUGACGGAGCAGACAUCCCUAGAGACAUGGUGGUGGGGAUCUACGAGAGGAUACAGCUGAGGGAGUUGCGCUCCAACGAGGAUCACGUCACCUACGUCUCCAAGGUCGAGCAGUCCAUCGUAGGCAUGAAAACGGUUCUCUCCGUCCCUCACCGAAGACUGGUGUGCUGUAGUCGACUUUUUGAGGUGACAGACGUCAACAAGGCCCAAAAACAGGCCGCGCACCAGAGGGAAGUCUUCCUGUUCAAUGAUCUCAUUGUGAUCUUGAAGCUUUGUCCAAAGAAGAAGAGUUCUGCAGCCUACACUUUCUGCAAAGCCAUGGGCCUACUGGGAAUGCAGUUUCACCUGUUUGAAAAUGAAUACUAUCCUCACGGCAUCACCAUCCUCUCACCUUUCGGCUCAGACAAGAAGCAGGUUCUUAACUUCUGUGCCCAAAGUGCUGAGGAGCUGCUCAAGUUUCUAGAAGACCUGAAAGAAUCGAUUGCAGAGGUGUCGGAGAUGGAGCAGAUACGCAUCGAAUGGGAGCUGGAGAAGCAGCAGGGAGCCAAGACUCACUCGGUAAAGAACAACGGUACACAGCUCGAGCUGCGCGGCAAACAGGGCUCCCCAUCAGGAAACCAGGAGAUAGAUGAAAGAAGUGGACACAAUGCAGUAGAGGUGUCAAUUCACAACAGGCUUCAGACGUACCAGCUCAGCAGCAGCACGGCUCGGAGUCCCGAGAGCGUGGCCCUUCUUAACCACCGGGGGGAGCUGCUUUUCCAGCAGGGCCCCCAGGGGCUAACCCAGGGGCCGGUGCCUCCAGCUCAGCACCCUCAGCUGCAGUCAGCGGCAAGCACCCCAGCCCACCACCUCCACCUCCAGCAGCACCACCAGCCCGCCGUCAGCAUGGCUGACCUGCAGCCCGAGACACUCAUCCAGUGUCAGCAGAUCGUCAAGGUCAUCAUGCUGGACAACAGCGGCCACGGGCGCAUGGAGGCCUUCCUCAGCCAGACGCCCACACACCACCACUACCAGCACCACCACCACCACCACCACCACAGCCACCACCAGCUCAGCCAGUCGGCCAUGUCCACCCCGGUCCGCUCGCCGGACGGCUCCCAUGGCAACGACGGCCACCAGCCCCCGCUGCCUCCUCCACCUCCGCCUUACAACCACCCGCACCAGUAUAUACCCCCGGACCCCCGCCUCAGCCUACACCGGACCCCAAGUGGCUCUCGGAGCAUGGUGUAAAUAUAUUAGUAUUCCCUCCCCUUGAAACACACACUUUCACACACACACACAUACACACACAUAUACACACUCCCACACUAUUUAAAAAGUACAUAAUGUACAUAUAUACAUACAGAAAGAGCUAUAAUGAAAAAAAAUGAAAUCUCACUUAUAUGCAUAUAUUUAAGGAAAAAAAAACAAGAAACAAAAAGAAAAUCAAGGUUUUAAAAGAGAUACGGAGGAAUGAAGUGCAUAUAUAAAAGUUUUACUUGAUUCCACAUGUAUUUUGAAAUAUUAUGUAGUUUUAACAAAUUUCUAUAACUUUUUGUCAGUUUUAACUCUUGCUAGAGAAAAAAAAAAAAACACAGAUAUUCCGUUUUCUGGAUGGAUCCAGAUUGUAGUUCCAGUGUUCACCACCACCACCACCACCACCAAACAACAACAACAACAGAAAUACAUGAAUUCCUCAAACUUUCUUUAGUUUUUGGACCGUGAUGGAUGGACAAGGACCUUCCUUCCAGCUUCUGUUUCGCUUCUCUCAUCCCAGACCUCAUGCCUACUGUGCUGUAUGUGCGCGUGCCUGCACAGUUGACACUUAACUGAAGAAAAAACACAAAGGAAAAAAAAAAAAACGUGUGCCAAAAUACAUACGCUUCCAGUAAACACUGACUCCUUUGCACUUGACUAAACGCUAGGGCUCGAAGAAAAAGAAAGAAACAAAAAAACAAAAAAAAACUCCUUCCUUUUGCUUUGAGAAAAUAGUCCUUUCACGCUUCUCCCUCAAGGAGCACAGAAAAAAAUGAAUCGCAAAAACUGAUAUUUCAUAAAAAAACAAAAAAAAAAACAAAAAGAAAAUAUUUCCCUGUUUGUGCUCUUUGCUGAUUUAUUUAUGUGAUGGAGAGCCUUCUCUCUCUCCGUCUCUGCUCCCCUGGAUUAAAACAAAACAAAAAAAAAACCACCCCGACAUCCUCCGAUAAGCUGUGUUUGUCAUGCGCUCCUCCGUUGUGCUGUGGCUCUCUAUCACCUAAAAACACUCUCGCUCAGUCGUCGCUCUCCAUAGAUCAUCCUACGGCGGAGGAUGACAGGAAACAAAGGCGAUCACGUGGAUUGCUCGCCAAAAACCAAAAAAAAAGUCAGCCCAGGAUGGUCGUGUUGAUUGUCGUUUUGUCUUCAUACCACAUGUAUCCGCUGAAGUUUGUUUUUACUUUGAAUUGAGCCGCUCUCGGACUAUUAGGUCUCACGUGUGAUAUAUGUGCACCGCUGUCAUCUUGUUGUGUAUGAUCUUCGCCUUUUCAGGAUAUUUUCCAUGAAGACUGCUUCUGCUGCAAAGUCGAGAUCUGUGUCUAUUUUCAGUUGCGUGAAAAUGUUCCACCACUUGUGUGUGUGUGUUUUCCCCCGUCGAGUCCGACCUCGACACAUCCCAGACACUGUCUCUCCAUGUCGGUACGACUCCCAGGUUCGGUUUGGGCUCCCUGUGACUGUGGUCCUCCUCCCUUCCUAACCUUUCAGUCUGACAUUUUCAACAAAAAACACUACACACAGCUUACAUUGCAAAUGCUGGCAUUAAUGUGUUUUUUUUUGUUUGUUUGCAAUGUCGGCUGCUUUAAAUAAGAAUGGGACAAAAAGAAUGCAUUAUCUUAUCUGCUUCUCUGUCACCCCAGCCUGGACUGUAAAUACCACAUCCAAGCAGUGUCGGGGGGGAACAAGGACAAGCGAAGCUACCUUUAGCCCUCCUUCAAAAUGCUAUUGCCCUGCCACGCGUCCUUCACUCUGAAAUAGGUCAGCCCCGGCCUCGACUGCGUCCAUCUUUAAAACAUAAGCCCCACCAGGUACUGCGGAAUGGAUGUUCGGUUAACUCCGCUUCCCAUCUGACCCCCAUCUGUCCAAUUUGUUGAUUUAUAAUCACGGAGGCACCGCGGGGAGGUCUCUAUCUCAUCUCUUCUGUCUUUUUUCCACUCGCGACUUCACCCAGCGGAAAGACCGAGAUUACAGAAAAAAAAAGGCUGUUGUUUUGGCAGAGAUGAUGAGAGUGUGUGUCUGUGUGUGUGUGUGUGUGUGUUUGUGUGUGUGUGUGUGCGUGUGGCCAGCUCACAGUAGCGUCCUGACUUUCCCCCCAAACAAAUCCCACCUCUCUCUUUUUUUUUUUUUUGUCAUUACUUCACGAGAAGAAUCAGCGCUUGCGAGAUGAAGGCAUUACAUUUUUUAAAGGUGCAGUACGCCGUUUUGGGGAAGAAGUUUUGAGAUCACUAAAUAAACAAACUCUCCUCGUUUUCAUGACUGAAUGAACAAACUGACCUAGUGUUAUUUACUUUGUUUACAUCUGGCGGACCCUGCCACCUUUCUAGCUUCAAACAUUGUUCGUAUUGUCCUCUGAGAACAGCUUGUUUAUGAUUUUUUUUAUUAUUAGUUUGUAUUAUGACCUCAUUAAUAUUGUUUCUUCUCCCAAACUACGUCCUGCGCCUUUAAAAAAAUGUUUUACCUGGACAUAAACAGACCUCUGCUCUCUACACUGCUGGGUGAUGAUUGUACGACUGCUCAUUUAUUUGUUCGAUCUGAAUAUUAUUAUGUAGUCCUCCCCUGUGCAUGGCGUCAGUUUGGAGGCCGAUUGAACUCCAAUUCCCCCCUAAAAAAGUCUUGAAUUUGUUUGUGCAUGACUGAAUAAGCUGCGAGCGCACCAGUGGGAGACGAAGAAGACAGAAUUUUUUUUUUUUUUUUGUUAUGCUAUGAAAGAGUUCGUAAUGGAAUGGAAAAACAAUGAAACAUUUAUGACAGCAAACAGCCCUUCAGACAGUCAAAGUGAGCCCUCUACUUUGCCAAACAGUGGCCAUCUUUGUUCCCCCAUGUCUUUCACUACCCUUUUGUCUAUGGUCAUGCAGAUUUUCCUACUUUGGGUGUUAAGACAUGCUGCGUGUGCAAUAAAUGUGAAUACGAGGCACACUUGAAAUCACGAGUUCAUGUUUGAGAGAAAGCAAAUGUAGCAUUUCGAGAGUGCAGCAUAUGAUGUGGGAGUCGAACUUUCUUAAAGAAACUGAAAAAAAAAAAAAAAAAAAAAAGGGCUCUGCCAUACCAGCGCACUGCUUCAUGAAUGACAUGUGGAUCUUUUGUCUGGCUCUUCAACACUGUGUUUGCUCAUACUAGUUUAAAAAAUAUAUUACAAAAAAGUGGACAUAUUUAGGGAAAGACAGGUGGGAAACUGAGUGUAACAUGAACCAUCACCUCCCUCAGUUGGCUUUGAACCCGUCUCUACCAGUCUCUGCAGUAUAUCAACAUGCUAUUAAAGAUGAUUUAAGUCUAUUCA